AUGCUAUUGGCAAAUGUGGAAAGGAUGUGUCUAUUUUUGAUGGUGAUCCACGUUUUGCUCAUUGAUAAAGGAGUCGAUGCCGAAACAUUUACUUUGGGAUACAUCACCGGAUCGAAACGACGUGAUGAUGAUCUUGAAUAUCAACGUCCCGGGUUUCGGAUAUCUGGCGCUAUCACUCUCGCCGUGGAGGAGAUAAACGCCGGGGAACUUAGUAGGCGCGGACAUAAAUUGGAUUUUCUCAUUGCCGAAACUUAUGGGAGUGAAGAAAUGAGCAUUUUCAUGACGGCGGAUCUUUGGAAAAGAAACGUUUCCGCGUAUGUCGGUCCUCAAGAAACUUGCAUCCAUGAAGCCAGAAUGGCGGCGGCAUUCAACAUUCCAAUGUUAUCAUAUUUUUGCACACAUAACGAAACGUCAAAUAAAAAGGAAUUUCCAACGUUUGCGAGAACGAGGCCACCAGAUACUCAAAUUGCAAAAUCCGUAGUUUCAGUAUUGUUGGCUUUCAAUUGGACCAAAGUAACAUUUUUAUAUAUGAAUUCAACAAUGUUCGAGUUCAAUAAGAUGUCUACGAUUGCGACUACAAUUCUAAUGUCUUUCGAAGCAGCUGGAAUUACUGUAAACUAUUGUCGUUCGUGGAACGAACCUUAUCAUGUAACCCACAUGAAAAAUCCUUUCCACGAACUCGUUAGACAAACGUAUCAAGAUACGCGAAUUUACUUGAUACUUGGACAUUAUUACGAACACAUCGGUCUUUUGAAGGCUCUGGACAAAAUGAAUCUCUUAGAAAAAGGCGAAUAUUUUGUCGUUGGUAUUGAUAUUGAGUUUUACGAUGAGAAACAUCCGAAUAAAUAUCUGAAAGGGCUAUUACAAAAAAACAUGGAUUUUUCAAUAAUACGAGCAUAUCGAAGUUAUUUCAGCAUUGUUGCUUCCGCCCCAAUAAAUUAUAUGAAUUUCACUCGACUCGUUAACAAGUAUAGACAGAAGCCACCAUUUAAUUUCACGAAUCCAUCAGCAAACGUCGGAGGAAUAGUUCAGAUCGUGCCGGAGACAGCGUACCUUUACGACGCGGUGCAUCUUUACGAGAGAUCACUGCUGCGUGCUCUUGAUGAGAAUCGAAACCCCCGAAACGGACGAGAGAUGGUGUCGACGCUACAUGGCGUUCAUUAUCAAAGCGCAAUGGGAUACAUGGUAUACAUGGAUGAAAAUGGAGACGCCGAAGGUAAUUACACAUUGCUUGCAUUGGAUAAUCGACCUGUGAAAGGCUACGGCCUUUAUCCAAUUGGGUAUUUCAUUGGAAAAGAAGAAAGAACAAAUUUGCCAAAACUUCAAAUGAAUAAAAAUGUAACAUGGGUCGGAGGUGGACCUCCGAUUUCAGAACCACGUUGUGGAUAUAAAGGCGAAAUAUGUAACUCUCAUACUGGUAAAAUUAUUGGCGUCAUCGUUGGUUUAUUAGUGUUCAUUAUUAUAGUGGUUGUCUUAUUUUUUUAUAAAAAUUGGAAAUACGAGCAAGAGAUAGAUAGUUUGCUUUGGAAAGUUAACUACAAAGACAUUCAGAUCAAGGAGCACACACAGAAGAGUGAAACAAGAGCCGAUGAGAUACUCGCCAAAUGCAAUUCCGAAUCACCAACAACGCAACCUAUAAUGCGAACUAGUCAAGUGUCGCUAAGUUCUAAUCCAGAUGCGGAUUUCCGAUAUUCAAUGAUUUAUACGCAAAUCGGACUGUAUAAAGGACAAAUUGUUGCUGUUAAGAAAAUCAGAAAGAAAUCAAUUGAGAUUACGCGAAAGAUGAAAAAAGAAUUAAAAGUGAUGCGCGAUAUUAGACACAGUAACUUGAACUCCUUUAUCGGUGCUUGUACUGAACCACCUAAUAUAUGCGUCAUCGUCGAAUAUUGUGCACGUGGUAGUCUCAAAAACAUAUUGGAGAACGAAGAUAUAAAACUCGAUAAUAUGUUUAUUUCAUCUCUUGUCGGCGACAUCAUUAGAGGUAUGAUCUAUCUGCACGAUUCAGUAAUUAAGUAUCACGGAUCACUAAGCCCUUCAAACUGCCUUGUGGAUUCACGAUGGGUUGUAAAAUUAACGGAUUUUGGCUUGAACGAAUUUAAACGAAAUGAGGAAUGCGACUCUGACGUCAUUAAAACAAACCACGGGUUGCUAUACAAAGCACCUGAAUUAUUACGCUGUACUUCUCCCUUGAAGCUGAAUGUUCGUGAUUUGCAAAGAGGGGAUGUAUAUUCAUUCGCCACAGUUUUGUACGAACUACAAGGACGACAUGGACCAUUUGGUAUCACUGAUUUAUCAAUAGAUGAAAUAUUAACAAAAAUAAAAAAACCAAAUUAUGAAACAUCACCGUUUAGACCACCAUUGGAUCAACUGGAUAAUACGUUCGAUUUCGUUUGUAAAUGUUUGCUCGAAUGCUGGUCAGAAAAUCCGGAACUUCGUCCAUCAGAUUUUAAAAUGAUCAGACACAAAUUGGGACCGCUAUAAAAGGGCAUAAAAGCGAAUAUCGUAGACAAUGUGAUGGCGAUGAUGGAAAAAUAUACAAAUAAUCUUGAAGCACUUGUUAACGAACGGACAGACCAAUUAACUGAAGAAAAAAAGAAAACAGAUGCAUUGCUAUACGAAAUGUUACCGCGUUACGUAGCUGAACAACUAAAAAUGGGACACAAAGUAGAGGCUGAAAGUUUCGACUGUGUUACCAUUUAUUUCAGCGACAUAGUUGGUUUUACGUCCAUGUCUGCGGAAAGCACGCCGUUAGAGAUAGUUGACUUCCUGAAUGAUUUAUAUACAUGCUUCGACUCGACGAUACAAAACUAUAACGUUUAUAAGGUCGAGACAAUCGGAGAUGCUUAUAUGGUGGUAAGCGGUUUGCUGAUAAGAAAUGAUAUUCAGCAUGCUAGUGAAAUAGCGAGCAUGUCGUUGUGUCUUUUAGAUGCCAUUAAACAGUUUAUCAUACGUCACAGACCGUUUGAUAAAUUACAACUUCGCAUAGGAAUACAUUCCGGUCCAGUAUGCGCUGGCGUUGUUGGAUUAAAAAUGCCACGGUACUGUUUAUUCGGUGAUACAGUAAACACUGCUAGUCGGAUGGAGUCUACAGGAUUACCGCUUAAAAUUCAGUGCAGCUAUGAGACAAAGCAGCUGUUAGAUCAGCUGGGAGGAUUUAAUCUUAUAGAACGAGGGGUGGUUUCCAUGAAAGGAAAAGGCGAACGUCUAACGUAUUGGUUGAUCGGAGAAGAUCCGAUAUUACGUAGCGAGCAUAGCAAGGAAAGAGCAAGCAAACAAAGCGGAAAAAAAAUCAACGUGGCUCUAAUUCCUCGAAGUUCUCUAAAGAACAAAUCUCUCGUCAGAUUAACUUUCAUGAGAUGUUCCAGCGAUUCUCCGAAACGUUUGCGAUUUACCAGUUCAGAUCAACUUGAUCAAAAAGGCUCCAGGGUGAGUCAAUCAAAAUCAAUAGCCGACAACAGUCCAUGCAAAACGAAGGUUUCAUGCGUAUUACGAUCGUCCUGUAUGGAAAACUGGCAAUCCUCCAGCAAUUCAUGUCCCUGCGUCGAGAAGCUCUACGAUCAGGAAACCCAGCCGGAACUGAUGAAACACGAAUUGUCGUCAAACAUCAAGAACGUAUCGCUAUUUCGAAGCAAUCUGAUCUUCGGUAACGAGUCAUGUUUUCUACGUCCUGAAGCCAAAAGUUUCCGCUUCAAUACACCCGGGAUACUCCAACUUACUUGUAAAUCGGUACCUAACAGUCCCAAGCAUAGCAUAGCACAACUGAAUGCUCAAAAGAGAGCGGUGCAGUCAUACAAAGAAAUCGAUAGGUGGGAUGUGAUGACACCACUAAUCUAUUAUCCGGGUGGUCGCUUGGAUUCAGAGAUUUAAAAUCACCACAAACGUUAUUAAACAUGAUAACAAAAUUUAUGAAAUUAUAUACUUCAUUUAUAUGUAUAGAAAUAUAUCUGUAGAAUUAACUUAACAAUCAAGAACACAAACAAAUA